AUGGAGCAACUCAUCACCCCGAUCAAACAUCUAAAACAGCCCUUGCAGAUCGGCCCGCUGAAGCUUCGAAACCGGUUUGCCAUGUCCUCGAUUUCUCGGAAUAGAUCCGACAAUACAUACCCAAACGAGCUGAAUGGAGAAUACUUCUACCAGCGUGCCCUCGGAGGUGCCGGCCUGAUCGUCGCCGGAGGAGCCCUCAUCGAGCCGCAGGGGACGCCGAUGCGGGAAACGCCUCAGAUCGACACGCACGAACAUAUGCUGGCGUGGAAAAAGGUCGUCGACAAGGUGCACACGGUGCCCGGGUCGGUGUUUUUCUGUCAGCUGUGGCACUGCGGACGCAUGACAUACGCGGACGCAAAGAUCCAAAAGGACUAUGGGCGACCGACCAUCGCCCCGAGCGCGAUCCAGGCGCGCAUGGGAGUCGCACCCGACAACGACGGCGUGUAUGAUCUCGAGCCAGGACUCGAAAAGGGGUAUUCCACGCCGACGGCCAUCGAGGACCCGAAAGCGGUGGUCGAGCAGUUCCGGCGAUCGGCCAUUUUUGCAAAAGCCGCUGGAUUCGACGGCGUCGAGUUGCAUGGCGCCAAUGGGUAUCUGGUUGCACAGUUUCUCGACGACGGCGCCAAUAUUAGGACGGACGCAUACGGUGGAUCAGUCGAAAAUCGAGCAAGAUUCUGUCUAGAGUGCAUCGACGCCUUGGUCGAAGUAUGGGGUCCGUACCGCGUCGGCAUCAAGCUGUCGCCCGCCGUCGGUCGAGGCGAUCUGGGCAUGUUCCCGGUCGAAAGACAGAUUGAGCAGUUCACGUACCUGAUCAAGGAACUCGACAAGCGGCCGUUGGCAUACAUAAACCUGGUCCGAUAUCUUGAGUUCAUGGACAUGGAAGUCGACGGCAAGAUGCGCGGGCCCAAGCACCCCGUGUGGGCGACGUAUCGCCACCUGAUCAAGAACGCCAAAGUGUUUCUCAACGGCGCCAUCUCGCUGGUCGAGGCCGAGGAGCUCCUCAAGGACGACACCGGCGACGUCAUCGUGUUUGGACGCCCGUGGCUGGUCAACCCGGACUUUGCCAACGCGGCCAUGGCAGGCAAGGAGAAGGAAAUCACAUUCGACUUUAACUUUGACGUGAGUCCUCCCCCUGAAUUUAUUCGUGGAUGGGAUACUGAUCCAGCACGGGGCUAG